AGGGAAAGUGGCGAGUAAGAUGGAAGAUGAGGAGGUCGCUGAGAGCUGGGAGGAGGCGGCAGACAGCGGGGAAAUAGACAGACGGUUGGAAAAAAAACUGAAGAUCACACAAAAGGAGAGCAGGAAAUCCAAAUCUCCUCCCAAAGUGCCCAUUGUGAUUCAAGACGAUAGCCUUCCCACGGGGCCCCCUCCACAGAUCCGCAUCCUCAAGAGGCCCACCAGCAACGGUGUGGUCAGCAGCCCCAACUCCACCAGCAGGCCAGCCCUUCCUGUCAAGUCCCUAGCACAGCGGGAGGCAGAGUACGCAGAGGCCCGGAGACGGAUCCUGGGCAGUGCCAGCCCCGAGGAGGAGCAGGAGAAACCCAUCCUUGACAGGCCAACCAGGAUCUCCCAACCCGAAGACAGCAGGCAGCCCAGUAAUGUGAUCAGACAGCCUUUGGGUCCUGAUGGGUCACAAGGCUUCAAACAUCGCAGAUAAAUGCAGGCAAGAAAGGAUGCUGCUGCCACCGCUGCCACCACCAUCGCCUCCUGGAUUGUCUGCCAUGGGUCGCACUGCCGUGGCAGACAUCUGGACUUGAGCAGAGGGAACGACCUGACUUACUUGCACUGUGAUCCCCCUUGCUCCGCCCACUGUGACCUUGAACCCCAUGCACUGUGACCUCUGCCUCCCCCCUUCCCGCUGUGAUUGGCAUGUUGACAGGGGCUGUCCCAAGUCAAUAGAAAGGGAAAGGGUGGGGACUAGGGGAGGAUUGGGGGGACCUACCAAGGACUCAGAGGAGAGGGUCAGACGGUGCCACUUGGGGUACAGCCAGUGCCAGCAAUAACAGUUUAUCAUGCUCAUUAAUUUGGGAUUUCAAAACACAAAUGAGAACUUCCCCCACCCACCCCAAGUGCAUGUCGCCAUCACUUAAAGUAAGUUCCAUUGAAAAUAUCCUUUCCUUUUUUUUCCUUCCUAUUUUUGUUUGUUUAUACAAAUAUCUGAUUUGCAAGAAAAAGUGCAUGGAAAGAGUUUUAGCAGUUUAAUGAAAUUUUUAAUUGAGAAAGGGUAGUUUGGUAGUCACUUAAAGAUGUUUCUAGGAAAUCUGCUAGAAACAUUAACCAAUAGGAUUUUGGUGAGCUUAGCUUCUGUAUUCCUACUGCCGCCCAGAAAAGGCGGGGCUCCGGAGCCUCCAGUAGAUGAGCACUGUGCCUAUAUCACUUCCUCCAGCUAAGUCCCAGCUAAGUUGCCUAGAGACAGCUCAGAGCCUGGGGGAGGGUGCCAACCUCACUCACCUCUAGUAUUGUGGGAGAUGGGGAAAGUGAAGUGACAGACUUCCCCUUCCCAUACCCCUCAGGGUGGCUCCCUACCAGCCGGGUUUGCUGUUUCUAGAGGCGGGCAGGGCAGGGAGCGUCAGGGAGGAGACCGCACUCGGGGCUCAGAAGCAGGCAGUGGGGGCACUUGUCCAGUGUGUGCUGUCAGCACAAGCCCAGGAGAGUCUGGCUCACAGCUCCAGGCCUUUGCUGCUGUGGUCAGAAGCUAGAUAGGCCUGUCCCUUCCAGCAAGACUGGAACGCUUAAGGACCUGUGGCGUGCCACAUUUGUUGAUGGCCCUGGCUCAGAAACUAUACCUGGUACAUUUCCCGAGUGAAAGAGUACCGUAGGAAUAGAGCAGUUGGAGGAGAGUUGGAAGAAGAAAAACUUGGCAUUGCAGAGGCAGAUGGUCGACAGGUUUCUCAGGCCUUGGCUGCCCUAUCCCUUCUUAUCAGAACGAGGCUGGUAUGAAGGCCAUUUCUGUCCCCAAGCCUGGAGAUUGGCUUUGGCUCCUGAUGGGGAGAGGCUUGAGAGGGCAGCUGUGUCCCACUGGGUGCUCUCAGGCUUUAGUCUUUUCCAUGCACUUCGCCUUAUCCCUCCGCCAGCCUGACAGCCUCCCCUCUCCUGGCCAGCACACAGGUUUGGGAGUGGGUGGUGUGGUGUGGGAUUAGGGCAGCUAUGGUGGCCAAGGUGAUAAGCUGAGUUUUGCAGGAUCCCACCACCUUCGGUCCCCUGGUUUAUGCCCCGUAGCAAUGGCCCACAACAUCUUCCCCUUAGGAAGAGUCUCUUCCAUAACAUAGACCUACCUGAAACCAGGGGCUUCUGUGAGCGAGCUGGAGCAGAGCCUCAGCGACAGGGUUGGCCACCCCAGGAGUGGGUAGGAAGGGAGUUGGCUACUAGCUUGUAGUCUAGGGCCCAGCCACAGGAGCUAGUGGUUUCUGGUUGGAGGACAGACUGUCCUUUCUUUGGAGAAGGAUGCAGAACCCUGCUUGCCCUGCCCCUCUAGUAGGAGCUAAGGGGCAGCUGGUGUCUGUAUAUUGAGAGCUUGCAGGGGUGGCUCUCCCGUCCCACUCUGGCCAAAGGCGGCCCUGCCCGCAGUGUACGUGUGCCUGCCCACCAGCAGUCUUGCAUUUGGCCUCCUAGAUGGAGAGGUGGCUGGCACAAUGAGAGAGAAGGAAGGAAAGAAAGAAAGAAGGAAAACAGACUGGUGUUGG